CGAAAGACGACCUCACUUCGUUUCACCCACAAUUCCUUUCACCCCCUCCCCUCUCUCUUCUCAAACCUUGGUAUGCCUCCAUACCGCGCAAGGACGUGUCUCUGACAUGGCCAUCCUCAGCUUUACGGAGCUCCUGCUACUCGAGUUCCUGGCGCACUUAUCCCACGCUAACCUCUCCCUCGCGCACCGCUGGCUUCGGGACAGUUCCUCCGAAACCCGAAGCGGAAUGGGGCGUUCUCGGUGCAAACCACCACGAGACGCCUAGGUUUUGACGGGAACGGGAGAAAAUGCCAGCAAAACAAAUCAAUUACUUAGAGGGGAAACUUGGAAGCCCUGAGACAAAUCGCUCUUUAUCCCAGUUAAUACAGUAUCAUAGCUGGCUCUUGACGCGGUGGGGUAGGGUGGGGUUGUUGCCCUCCAAACGCAUCCCGAUAAAAAUAGCCAUCGUGGAGGUCUCCUCUCGCAAUAAACCAGCGACAGCGAGCAAUCGACCUCACCACCAACUGCUACUUAUCAAAAUGGUGCAAAUAAUCGCCUACGAAUCCCGCGAUGUCCGCUUUCCGACUUCCCUCGACAAAACCGGCUCCGAUGCCAUGAACGAAGCAGGCGACUACUCGGCCGCCUACUGCAUCCUCAAAACCGAUGGAGCCCACAGCGGCCACGGAAUGACCUUCACCAUCGGCCGUGGAAACGACAUUGUUUGCCGUGCGAUCGAGCAAGUGGCCCAGCGCAUCGCCAGCCACUCGCUAGAAAGCCUGACAGCGGACAUGGGCAAGACGUGGCGAUGGCUGGUAUCCGAUUCGCAGUUGCGCUGGAUCGGACCUGAGAAGGGAGUUACCCACCUUGCCCUGGGUGCCGUCGUGAACGCACUUUGGGAUCUCUGGUCCAAAGAAGUUGGGAAGCCUUUGUGGAGGUUGGUGGCAGAUAUGUCACCUGAGGAGUUUGUUAGAUGUAUUGAUUUUAGGGGGGGAGCGGGAAAGAAGGGAGGAUUCGGGAUGCCCUCGAGGAUAGGGCGGUGCCGGCCUAAUUUUGAUAUAGGAUGGUUGGGAUAUGGUGAGGAUAAGAUGAAGAGCCUGCUACACGAGACGUUGGCACAGGGAUAUAAGCAUUUCAAGAUUAAGGUUGGAGGAAGCGUGGAAGAGGAUAGGAGGAGGCUGAGAACCGCCCGUGACAUUAUUGGAUAUGAAAAGGGAAAUGUCCUCAUGAUCGAUGCAAACCAGGAUUGUCUGGUCCGUCCCAGAAGCAAUUCACUACAUGAACCAACUCGCAGAAUUCAAGCCUUGGUUCAUCGAAGAGCCCACCUCCCCCGACGACAUCCUAGGCCACGCUGCGGUGUCGCUACCGGCGAAAUGUGUCAAAACCGUGUGAUGUUCAAGCAGCUCCUGCAGGCCCAAGCAAUUGACGUUUGUCAAAUCGACGCGUGCAGAAUGGGCGGCGUGAACGAAGUUCUGGCAGUCCUUCUCAUGGCGAAGAAAUUCGGCGUUCCCAUCGUCCCGCACUCCGGUGGCGUGGGGCUUCCCGAAUACACACAGCACUUGAGCACGAUUGACUAUGUGGUUGUUAGUGGGAAGCUGUCGUUGUUGGAGUAUGUGGAUCACCUGCAUGAGCAUUUCUUGCACCCGAGUGUUAUUAAAGAGGGGUAUUACGUUACUCCUACGAACCCGGGUUACUCUGUCGAGAUGAAGGAGAGUGCUUUCGUGAAGUUUAGCUUUCCGUCAGGAGAGUUUUGGGAGUCGGAGGAGGCUAAGCCUAUACUUAAUCAUUUAUCUAAAUAGGCUAUGGUAGGCCAGGUAGUCACGGGGUCAUUGUAAAAGCUAGUUUAACUUAACCUAAACUCUUCUCCA